GAAAACUAAAGACUGAGGUGGCUUUUACGAAUCGUUUUCGCCACAUGAGUUUUGCGCUAUUUUGGCGGGUUCAUCAAAAGUUUGUUGCGAACAUUCCGUGCAAAUUAACACUUUGCCUUCCCAAAAUCACAUUACGUUUAAUAACUGGCGGUGUUCACUCUGCGCAAAUAAUAAAUAUGAAUGGAGUUACAGAUAUAGACUCAUUACGUGCUAAGGUUCGCGCUCAGGGUGAUAUAGUACGACGUCUGAAGGAAGAAAAAGCAUCUGACAGCGCCCUUAAGGAAGCUAUCUCUGCCUUAAAGGCUUACAAAAAAGCUUUGGAUGAUAAGGAAAUUGAGCUGUCUCCUAAGGAUCCUUCUUUUGAUCGUGGUAAACUAGAGGAUCUUUUGAAACAAAAGUUUUUCUAUGACCAAUCUUUCUCUAUUUACGGAGGUAUUCAGGGUCUCUAUGAUUAUGGCCCGAUGGGUUGUGCUAUGAAAGCCAAUUUACUUUCUGCUUGGCGUCAAUUCUUUAUUUUGGAAGACCAUUUAUUAGAAGUCGACUGCUCUAUGCUUACACCUGAACCUGUUUUACAAGCAUCUGGACAUGUCGAUCGAUUCACAGAUCUAAUGGUCAAAGAUGUAAAAACUGGAGAUUGUUUCCGUGCUGAUCAUUUGGUAAAGUCAGCACUCGAAGCCAAGAAAAGCAAUAAGAAAACCCCUGAAAAUGAAAAACAGGAAAUCGAUAGGAUGAUCUUACAGCUGGACAACUAUGGGGCAGACGAGCUACAUCAAAUUAUACGUCGUUUUGAUAUCAAAUCACCGACAACAAUGAACGACUUAACUGAACCAAAAGAAUUUAACUUGAUGUUUUCAACAAUGAUUGGUCCUACCGGCCAAUGUAAAGGUUAUCUUCGCCCGGAGACUGCCCAAGGGAUUUUCGUCAAUUUCCAGAGGCUCUUACACUUUAAUCAAGGUCGUCUUCCUUUUGGAGCUGCUCAAAUCGGUUCUGCAUUUCGUAAUGAAAUAAGCCCGCGUUCCGGUCUAAUUCGCGUCCGAGAGUUUACCAUGGCGGAAAUUGAAUAUUUUGUAGAUCCCAGUGACAAACGUCAUCCCAAGUUUGAGGACGUGAGAAAUACAGAAAUGGUACUUUAUUCGUCAUGUGAUCAGAUGAGUGGCGAAAGACCUCGAAAUGUUACUAUUGGUGAAGCGGUCGAUAGAGGUGUUGUGGCAAAUCAGACGUUAGGAUACUUCAUGGCGCGAAUACACUUGUUUUUAAUCCAUAUUGGUGUUGAUGCAAAACGACUACGAUUCCGACAGCAUUUAUCAAAUGAAAUGGCCCAUUAUGCCUGUGAUUGUUGGGAUGCUGAAUGUCAAACAAGUUACGGUUGGAUUGAAUGUGUUGGUUGUGCAGACAGAAGUUGUUAUGACUUAAAUCAACACAGUAAAGCUACUGGUACCCGUUUAGUUGCAGAGAAACCUUUAGAUGAACCUAAAACUGUACAAGUCUGUGAAUGUAUACCCAAUAAAGGUGAGUUAGGAAAAGUAUUUCGAGGAGAAGCGAAAACCAUCAUACAACAAUUGAGCUCACUUACUCUCGAUGAAUGUCAUUGUCUAAACAAUGAGUUGAAAAACACCGGAAAGAUUACUCUAACAGUUAAUGGAAAGCAAGUAUAUCUUAACAACUCAAUGGUUCAGAUCAAGGAAUAUGAAAAUGUUGUACACGUCAGUGAAAUAGUACCGAAUGUAAUUGAGCCUUCAUUUGGCAUUGGUCGAAUUCUGUAUACUAUAUUUGAACACUCUUUCCGUGUACGUGAAGGUGAUGAACAACGCACAUAUUUAUCUGUAUCUCCAGUAUUAGCACCAUAUAAGUGCUCUUUACUACCACUUUCAAAUCAUGGUGACUUUGCUCCAGUUGUUCGCAAGUUGUCCUCAGAACUGACUAAAUAUGCUGUUUCACAUCGAGUCGAUGAAAGUAGUGGGUCCAUUGGACGACGAUAUGCUCGUACAGAUCAAAUUGCUAUUCCAUACGGAAUUACUAUCGACUUUGACACCUUGAAUAAGUCACCCGCUUCAGCAACACUUCGUGAACGUGACAGCAUGAAACAAAUCAGAGUACCAUUGGAUGAACUGCCUUCUUUGAUGUCCGAUAUUGCUAGUGGCAAUAAAUCUUGGGACGAUGCACGAGCAAAGUAUCCAGCAUUUGAACAGCAAGAAACGGCUCAAAAGAAGGAAACAGCAGAAUCUUCAUCAAAUGACCAUUCAUUAGAUUUGAUAACCGAACGUAUCGAUUUAGGUGAGAUAAGCAACUCAGUAAAAGAGCAAAAAAAUAUCACUAAAACACACCAACACACUACUCCUGUGCACGGAGAACAGACUGUUGAAUCUAAAGAAACUCAUGCUAGUCGAUUUGGGAAGAAAGCUCUUAAUUGGACAGACUGUGGUAAAACCAUUCGGAAACGUUAUAAAGAGCAAGAGGAACGAGAAAAAUCGCUCAGUGGGCAAAACAUAUUGACACAUCCUAGCGUAUCAACUGAUCUCUUGGGGAACACAGAAACUGGGGGUAUUAUCUCGGGUUAUGACGCUGAUCAUGAAGAUAAUACUUGUGGCUUCAAUAAAUCAUCUCGUAUCCACCCCCAAGAUUCUAGUGCUCAUUGCUCUGAUCUUUCCCAGCCGACAAACUGUCUGAAAUUUCCUAGUAAUGUGCCAUCUGUCAAAAAAUCAUUCGCCACCGAUAAAAAUCAUACAAAACUUGACAUUUCUUCUGAAUACCCACCACUUCCAUCAAAUGGUAAGUCGAGAGAGAAAAUCCCAUACCAUGGCGUUUUUGUUGGAGAUGGGUGGCCCAACGACAAAAAAGUAGAUCCAGAGCCGAAAACUAAUAAUCCUAACCCCUCUGUCUCAAAACACAAUUAUGCAGCAGACGAAUCUCAACUGCCUUCAAAUUUAGCGUCUCAUAAUACUCAAAAGUAUAAAAGUGAAAGUAUAUUCGACAAAAAUUGCUCGGAAUGGGUUUCUACUUUGGCCAAGCUAGAUCAACCACUGUUUGAAGUUGAAAUGAGUCAGUUUUUUUAUGGACACUCAACUAGAGUAAAAACAAAACACAUCACAACUAGUAAGUGCACUUCGAAAAGCAGUCAACCUGUUGUCUCUCAGUCUAAUAAAUUAUCUUACCAUGGACUUUUUGUGGGUGAAGGAUGGCCUAUUAUCAAACCCGAUAAGAAAGGAGAGAUAAUACAUAGUUCUGGAAAAUCCGAAACUAGGAAUAUUGAUUUGGAAGAAAUAUGGCAGAAUGAGAAGGAUAAUUUAACUAUCAAGAUAGCAGAAAAUGCGAAUAUAUGUGAUUGGAGUUCAGUUGUAUCUCAGAUUCCAGAGAGUCUUAUAGAUUCAGAACAAAAUCAACUUAAUCAAAUUGAUCUGACUGACUUUAAUGCUUUCGGUACUCCUAAAAAAGUUCAAGAUACUCAAUUGGUUUCAGUUCUACAGGAUCUUGGACCCGAUCAACACGAUGAACUGUCAUCAAAUGACCAAGAAAAAAUUAAAACCCCUAAUAUAUUAGAACAGCGUACUAAUUUGGGAACAGUGACAUUAUUCAAGCAGUCUAACAAGACGGAAGAUCGAUAUAACGCUCACUUGUUAGUGGAACCUGUUUCUACGGAAAAUAUUUUAAAUAACAAUAAUAUACAAAAUGAUAUUAAGGAUGAUUCAGAGUUAUUUUCCAGCAGUUCACCUACGAUUUUAAACCAUAUGAAACCAGAUACAAAACAAACUAAAUCAGAGGCAAAAGCUACCGAAUUAGAUUCAUGUGUGCACAAAGCUGACAAAUCCGAUGAGCCUAUCAUAAAUAAAGUCAGUCAGAAUAAACCAACCCCAGAAUGUCAGUCGUCAGCAAGUCUAGUAAACCCCGAAAUCCUCCAUGAUAAAAAUGAAUCUCCCAUUGCUAGUAAUGGCCCUAAACAAACAGAAAUCACUCCGCCUAAAGAUAAAGCAAAAAAGCAUAAGAACAAACAUAAGAAAAAGAAAAAAAAUGCUUAAACUCAUACAUACCACUCUAUAGUCUCAACCAACUUUAAUUUCAUUUUAUUCAUUUACAGUGUGAUUUUAUUUUAACUUUGAAAAUGUUUUACUUGCCUCUUAUUGCCUAAAAUAAUAAAAAUGAUGUAAUAAUCUACAAACAACACAUACGCAAGUGUUUAGUGAUACACCUUAUUACUAUGUGCUUUUAUUUAUCACAAAACUGUAUAAAAUGGAUAGAAAAGUCAA